AACCAGCACAACGUUUCCUCGAACAACGAAUUUCCAUCGAGGCACGUCCCGAGUUCUCGUCACACCGCCGACAAAACCCAAGUGAGUAUUCUCGUGCACGCACACGUAUCUUCAACCUCUGGUGUCUUCAUCUUUUUUCUCUUUCUUCUUCUUCUUCUUCCUCCUCUCCUUCUCCUUCUCCUUCUUCUUCUUCUUCUUCGUCGUUCUCCUACUCGAUGAACUCGUUCGCGCGCGCCUCAAUUUUUCCCUUGCACACGGGACCCCCCCAUUCCGCGUCUUUCUCUCCUCCUUCCGUUCCCGUCCUUCUUUCUUCCGCUCGUUCCACUCUCAACGAACGACCAAUAACCACGGGAUCCCGAUCUUCCGCAAGCUUUCCUCCUUUUUUUCCUUUUUGUCCCCAUCCAGAAUUUUUUUCCUCCUCGAUGCGCUCUCGAUUCUAUUCCGCGUUACACGUUACAGUAGCGUGCCACGAAUAAAUCGAAUCGAAACGAAUGGACGGAACCCGAGGAGCGACGACGACGAUCGAUCGAAGAGCAAGAGUGACGACAGAGUGACGUGAGGAGCGUGACGCGAAUAGAGCCGCGGAACGUGAGAGGGAACGUGUGUGCGUAUCGUGUGUGCAUCGCGAGACAAAGUUGUACGGUUAUACAUGGUCGCCGAGAAGACAGCGUCCUCGCGCAGCCAGCUCGAAAAACUUUGUUCCGAGUGCGUGUAUAUUCCAACUCCGCACCAGGGGGACGAGGGAACGCGCGUACGACGCUGGCUCGCGCGCGAGUGGAUCGUGCUAGUCUCGCGUCACGGUGCACGGUACGCGUACGAGUGAACCGAGAAGAGAAUGCAUCGCGUGUGCGUGUCCCGCUCGCGCUACGUCGGACUACGUCGAUUCUUUCUCGCGUGUGUCCCGUCUAUGCGCGCUUCUACGAUGGCGCACGAUCGUGCAACAUCAGAGAUCGAACAGACGUUCCCGCAACGUUCUCGCAACGAAGGCCAGAAGAGGAGCGGUGAUCCAACCGGGAGGAAUUCCUCGAUUACGAUCGAAAUUCAGCUACGCGUCGGUUACGUGUCUCGUCGCGGCUACCGUGUCUUCCAAAGUGCUAUACAGACACCGCUGUGUAUUUAUAAAUCGCUGUGUGCGCCCGUAUGUACGCGCGCAUGCAUGGAGGAGUGGCGCGCUCGCCGUCCUUGACGUGGGUUUAUUCUUCCGAGGAUAGUGGGUGACCGACGAGGGCUCGGAAGAUGGAGGGUAGCGGCACGGGAAUUAGCAGGCUCGACUGCUACGAGGAUAUGUUUAAAGAGAUAACCAGGAAAUUGUACGGCGAGGAUCCCGAUCACAGAACCUCGAGCGUUCAGAACGAGUUUGAGACUUCCGUUUCGUACAAGACCGAGGAGGACACCGGAAACGGGACCGAUGGUAGCGACGACGGGAACUGGACUUGCGAGGAGGAACCAUUGAAAGGAACCGAUGGAAGUCGUAUUGCUGCUUAUCACGCUGGAAAAGCAACAUGGAGGUGUUAUGAAUGCGGGGACGUGAUGGGUGGUGGGCCUCGCGACGUUGCAGAACAUUUCAUGGAACUUCAUUCAUCGAGGAUCCUCGCUGACGAAAGGAACAGACAUCACUCGCCGCGCAAAGACUAUUUGCAGACAGAGUUGAAAGUGGAAGACGUGAUAUCUUAUUUGGAGAGGUUGCGAGAAAGGGCAGAAAGAAGCGCUCCUCCGUCAAGAAGAACUCAAGAAACGCAGACAGUGCCCGCAGCUUUGCUACCGGUACCUUCCACCUUCCUGUUGCAAGAAUUGCCAUCCGCUCCUGCACCUCAACACUUGCACCAGAACGCCACAACAAUGACACCUACGUCGGCAUCGGUAUCGGCGAGCGGAAAGCGUUACACCUGUCCGUAUUGCCCGUACGGAACGGAUCGCCGGGAUCUGUACACGAGACACGAGAACAUCCACCGCGAGGAGAAGCCGUUCCACUGUUACAUAUGUUACAAACCGUUCAAUCGCGCCGACCACGUGAAGAAACACUUCUUGAGGAUGCACCGGGAGCACGGAUACGAGUUGUCCAGGAUACGGAGACCGGCGGGAUCGACGGCGCCCAAGCCCCUUCAGCAAGAGUCCGGAACGGGGAGCGGCGCAAGCACGAGCGCGAACGGACAGCAACAGCAACAGCAACAGCAGCAGCCGCAGCAGCAGCCGCAGCCGCAGCAGCAGCCGCAGCCGCAGCACGCGACUUAUUCAGGGUUUAAUACCAGCAAGAGUUACCAGUUGCAGCCGAGUUCUGCCGCUGCGGUCGCCGCGAUUUACCAAGGAACGUCGAUGCCUGCCCCAGGCAUCAUGCAACCGGAUGCCGCGAGUUGCAGUGCUACAGGGAGGAGGGUGCAGAACGGGGGCUGCAACAGCAAGAGCCAUCUCAAGGGAGGAUCGAAAGGGGCCCAGGAGCGGAGGUACACCUGCUGCUAUUGUUCUUGGAGUGGCGUAGACAACUGGUGCCUUAAACGGCACUUGAACACGCAUCUGAAACCGUUCGCGUGCACCUUGUGCGAGUACAAGGCCGCACGCGCCGAGCGACUAGCCACCCACGUGUUGAAGGUGCACAACAGACGACAAUGCUCAAGAUGCUCGUUCCUUGGCGAAGAUGCGGCACAGCUUCAGAUGCACCAGCUGCAUGUGCAUCGCGUCAGCAGUGCCAACGCACCCGCGUCCUCCACGGCCCAAGCUGCUCCACCACCGACCAAUCGUCAUCAGCAACCUUUACAUCCCGCGGGAGGAGGCCGACCACCACCUGGUCCGCCAGUUUUUCCAGCCCCAGCACCGGCCAUAGCACCUGCUACCACCGUGAUACCACCGACAACGAUACUCGGCCACGAGAUGGUAAACUCCCCUGCAACUGCAGCGACAAUGGCGUACCCGACCUUGGAGGAGGAGAGGCGGUCGAGCGGUGACGGGCACGGCCACGACCAAGACCAGCGUCGUCGCCAUCGUCACGCCAACGACGACGCCAACCACGUCGAUCACCGUCGAUCAACCGAGAUACGGAGCCGCGGCCACGGCUCGUCCCGAGCCGUUUCCGCGUCGUCGUGCCCCGUCGAGCAACAACACGACGUUGUAGUACACGACGACGAACCGUGCACCGGUUGUACCAAUCACCACCACAACCACCACCACCACCACCACCAUCACCUCACUUCCACUAUACUUAAUCGUGAUUUUGCGCACAGCUACCGAGCCGUUCCCGAAGAGUGCAAUGGCCCCUCCUCCCAAUCCACGGGGGCCUCCACGUCCUUCGAUUGCGUCUGGCCGGUCGAAAACAUCGAGAGGAAACCGGGCGUGAGGCAGAGAUCGAGGAAGCAGAGCCAGCCGAGGAAGGUGACUUGGAACCAAGACUUCGACGACUCGAUCGAAGAAUCGGGCGAAGGGGCGGAGGAGCAAGCGAAGAAAGAGGAAAAAGAAGAAGAAGAAAAAGAGAGCCCCGAGGCGUCGAAGAAGUCGCCUGAGAAACAGUUGGACGAGUUGAAGGAACGUUACCGCCUUCAACUUACUAAACGAAAUUUGCUCAAGUGUCGGCUCUGCCCCGACGACGCCCCGGCCAGAGGGACCGUCUGCCAACCGUAUCACACUAAGGCUUCUCUAACUCUACACAAAUUGUGGAGACACGACAAACGCAAGAGGAGCCUGAAUACGACCCCCGAGGAUCGCCCGUUGUCCCAGGUGUCGUCCUCCAUCACGUUGAAGGCGACGGUGUUCACCAACCCUGAAUACGUGUACAACAGAUAACAGUUGGUCUCGACAGGGAUAGACGAUCGCGAAGAUGGAUCUCGAAACGCAUUGGUUCUAGAUCGGGAGAUUCUUUGAUCGGGUGGGAGGAUGAGAGUGGAUGUUUUCAUCCAAGUGUGAUUUUGCGAGAAUUGUGAACGAUCAGAGACGAUUUUUGUUAUUUGGAAUGAUGUAUCUUUUAAAGAUAUUCUAAGGACUUGUCACAACGAGUCUGAACACCGAUGCGGAAAGAGAUUUUUUAUUGUUUCGUCUAAAGAUUUUCUAAAGACUCGUUGUGACUAGUCCUUACUAUUAACCAGUGCCUUUCGACAUCCAGCUUCCGGCUAAUUCAGGGUAUAUCGAGGUUCUCGAUACUAGUUGAUCUGUCGCCCCCUCAUCAAAGAAAACGCGGGCGAAAUGAGAUAAAUUGUUCGUUCCUUGGGAGUUUCGGUGUUCCUAAAAACCUAUAGAAUAUUGGACCACAUCGCCGAAAUAUUGACUAGAAUAUUGGACCACGUUGCAGCAAAGGAGAAAUAUUGGAGAAAAAAAAAAAAAAAAAAAAGAAGAAAAGCGAAAAAACUUUCCUCGUAGCCAACGAAAACAAUUUUAGAUAGAAAAAAAAUUGAAUCAUCGAAAUAGUUAAAUGGACAACAGAUAGGGACAGAAUUUUUUGAUUAAAGAAAAAAAGAAACGAGAGGAGAUGAUUUCAUGAGAGAAUUGGAACAGCGAAAAAAAGCGUUAGCGUUAUAUCCGUAUAAAAAAGAUAAUGUAAAAUGUAUCUUGAUUCGAGUUUUGAUAAUUCAGUCGUGAUUCGAACACAGAAUUCCUCUCGAGGAAUAACGUUUAAAAUCAUAUUUUCAUGUGACCGAUAAAUCGUGUAAAUUUAAAAGGUAAAAAAAAAAAAAAGAAAAAGAAAAAAAAAGGAAAAAAAUAAAGAAAAAGAAAAAGGGAAAAAAAAAACAAAAAAACAAGAAAACGAUGUUAAUGUUUGACGAUCGUCUCCAAUCGAUGUCUUGUGCGUUUGUCCAUCGUCCGUCUUUGCAAUUAAACAAUACAUAAUUAAUUCUCGUUUUUUCGAUCGAUAUGGACUUUGUAAACGUAAGGUACAAUUUUCUGGAUGGACUAUUGCAAAGAAUACGAAAAGGAAAUAGCUAAAGAUUGAACCACGUGAUUCGCGAAAUUUGAUGGGUGGCCGAGAGACGAGCAUGAUUUUUAUAUAAGAAAUAUUUGUACAAAAUUAAUCUCUUGUUUAUGUUAUUAUAUGAAAUAUAUUAUAUCUAUUGUAUUUGAGCAAAGGACGUGAGAAGCCAGGAUAAAUGUAGAUUUCCAGAGAAUGGCGGCUUCAUUCUCUGGGAUUCUACAAUUUCCGGCACGAUCCUUUUUUGUCACACGCUCUUUUAUUAAUACAUAAACGAAUAAAUUUCAUUUCAUUAAUUA